AUCUUGGAAGCGGGCAGCAGCGGGAUUACGUCACGGCGCCGGGACGCGGCGGUGACGGCGUCAGACCGGGAUGACGCGAGGCGAGCUGAGCUGAGCUGAGCUGAGGUUUGCUUCUGCUGUGGACAUGGGGGAGUACGGAGUCGCGCCAGGCCAGCACGUGGCCAUCAUCUGUGAUAGCUCCUCGCCCGCUGAAGCCCUGAAGGAUUUGGUGGAUAAAAUUCAGGCACUGGUGGGAGCUGGUAAUCGUGUAUCUGUGGAAAAUGUCAACCAGCUGUCUCAGUCUGCUCACAAGGAUUCAUUUUUUGACGUGAUUCUCUCUGGCAUGGUACCAGGCAGUACAGCGCAGCACAGUGCCGAGGUGCUGGCAGAAAUAGCCCGGAUACUGAAGCCAGGGGGCUGUGUCCUCCUGAAAGAACUGGUGGUUACAGAAUCAGGAAACAACAGCAGAAUCAAGACAGCAGACAAACUCCUCACAGCUCUGACUCUCUCUGGGUUGGUGGAAGUGAAGGAGCUGCAAAAGGAAGCAUUGACCCCAGAGGAGGCUCAGUCAGUCCAAGAGCAUUUGGGUUACCAAAGCAAUGAUCUAAUCAUUGUUCAGAUAGAAGGCAAGAAGCCUAAUUUUGAAGUGGGAUCCUCAAGUCAGCUCAGGCUUUUCUUUGCCAAGAAACCUGGUGCUUCAGGAAAGCCCUCUGUGGACCCAGCCACUGCCAAGCUGUGGACACUCUCUGCCAAUGAUAUGAACGAUGAAGAGAUGGAUCUUUUGGACCCUGAUGAGCUGUUGGAUUCAGAGGAUUUGAAAAAGCCAGAUCCAUUGUCCCUCAGAGCUCCAUCCUGCAAAGAAAUGGGCAAGAAGAAAGCCUGCAAGAACUGCACAUGUGGCCUGGCUGAAGAACUGGAACAGGAGAAGAAGAGCGUACAGCCCAAAUCUGCCUGUGGAAAUUGCUACCUGGGGGAUGCAUUUCGCUGUGCCAGCUGCCCUUACCGGGGGAUGCCAGCCUUCAAGCCUGGGGAGAAGAUCCUCCUGAAAGAGAACCAGCUGCAUGAUGCCUAACCAAGACAUCUCUGGAUGUCCCAUGAAUGACUCCUCUGCUCUUUCAUCAGUCUGAGGUUCUUCCUGCAGUCCUUCUCAUCCUCUCAAACUCAUGCUUUCCAGCCAGUACUUUCUGUGGGAAGGGCACUGUGGGCACUGACACUGCUGUGAGCUCAUCACUUGUAGUCAGCCUUGGGAUACCUUAAUAAUCUUCGGUGACAAGUGGCCUCAUAUGUAUUAGACUUCAGCAUGUUAUGCUUUGUUUUAGCUGGCUUGAUUUCAUACUGGGACACUGACGAUCACAGCAUGUCCCACCAGCAGACAGAAGUAGAGACAAGUGUCAGGUUGUGUGUGUGUGACACGACUGUACUUCCCCAUGCCCAUGUUGUACAGCUUUAAUUUGUCCUGAUUUUCCCUGAUGAAUCAGCAGUUCUGGCUCACUCUCAGGGUGGCACUGGGCUCCUGCUCUCUUUGAAAUGUGAACCUGCAGUUCCUUGCCAUAUGAAGGUGGCUCAGCAGCUCCUGUCACAAGCCAGGAGCAGGGAGUGCAUUGAGCAGCAUGUGCUCAGCAACCUGUCUGAAGUGUGGCCGGCACAAUGAAUUUCCAAGUGUUUGGGGAGCGUGACCCCAUCUAUUUCCAUCAAAAUGACAAAGGCUAAGUCCCACUGAGAAAACUCCUCCCCUUAAAGCAGGGAGCAGAUAAAAAAAGAUCUGCCUGCUUCUCUCACACCUUUCUGUCCAGUUAAACUGAUAACGCAAAGGCAGUCUGAGCCUGCUGCCUCUCUCUGUGGCUACCAAGUCAGUUACCUACAGUGUCCAGUAGGUAAGAACACAGCAGUAAUUAACUUCUAGACUAUCUGCUUGUACACAGCAAGAUACUGAGAACUAUUUAUUUGUGUGAUCAGUGAAGCACCCACGAGGUGCAGGGUGAGGGACUGCUCUGUUUGGGCUGCUCACCAAGAGCGGGAGAGGAGGAAAACUCAAUGCUUUUGUCUCUGGGGGAUUGCUUUGUUAGGAGCUCUUGCUCUACAGGAUGUGAAUGCUUCUUCUGCUACCUGAGUUACACACUGAUCUCCAGUGGGACCUGGGAUGAAAGGCUAUGCUGUUCUUGAAAUAAAAGUGACUGAUAGUAAAA